UUAAGUAGAAAUAUGAGCCUCUCGGGUUUGUUCUUAAUGAAGGUGCGUCUUUGCAAAGUGUUCGGUGCACGCCUGCUCGCCGCUGCGCCAACUAAUCUACGGGGGGGAAACGAUGAGGAAAAAAACCUAAAAAAAACAACGCAAAUGACCACAAUCCACGAAACAGACAACUUCUCAACUCGGCAGGAAUGGCGGGGUUGUAUGCAGCGUUAGUGGUCGCUUUAUUCCCCUUGUGCCACGGGAAGAUCUUCACUAAUGACUGGGCCGUAAAGGUGGCCCACCGGGACGCCGCAGACAGGAUAGCUGAGAAGCACGGCUUCACGAAUAUGGGUCAGAUAGGACAUCUGGAAAACUAUUUCAGUUUCCGCCACAACGACACGGCGAGCCGAUCCACAGUGGCCAACCGGAUUCUGUCAGAGCGCAUCGCCAAGGAGACCCAGGUGCGGUGGUUUCAACAGCAGGUGGUCCUCAACAGAGCCAAGAGAAACUCCAGGGCGAGUCACAUCUACUCCAUAGACGUGAAAACCAAACACACCCCUGCCACAGGACCGCACACCAGCCGCCCUCCGGCGCUCUACUUCAACGACCCCCAGUGGAACAACCUGUGGUACAUCCAUUGCAGCGGGGACUCCGGGAGCUGCCCCUGCGACAUGCGCAUCGAGGAGGCCUGGAGCCGGGGCUACACGGGGAAGGGCGUGGUGGUGUCUGUCUUGGACGACGGCGUGGACAGGGAACAUCCGGACCUGAAGUCAAAUUAUGACCCACUGGCCAGCGAGGAUGUGAAUGGAAAAUACAGAGAUCCCUCCCUGAGGGAAAUUGCCAAUGCUGACAACCACGGGACUAAAUGUGCCGGGAUCGUUGCCGCGGCAGCCAACAACUCCCAGUGCACCGUGGGAGUCUCCUUCCAGGCCUGGAUAGGCGGCGUGCGGAUGCUGGACGGAGACGUGACGGACCUAGUGGAGGCCCAGUCCCUGGGCCUAAGGCCGGAGCAUGUGGACAUCUACCUGGCUGUCUGGGGACCGGAGGACGAUGGGGCCACACUGGAGGGGCCCGGACCACUGGCUAGCCUCGCCCUAAAGAGUGGAGCCCUGACAGGCAGACAGGGAAAGGGAUCCGUCUUUGUUUGGGCGUCGGGGAACGGGGGCAGAAGGGGCGACCAUUGCUCUUGUGACGGCUACGCCAACAGCAUCUACACCAUCUCCAUCAGCAGUGUCGGUCAGGGUGGAGGGAGGCUGGACUACCUAGAGGAGUGCUCCUCCACCCUGGCCACGGCCUACGGCGGAGGGGACGGAGACGGAAGCAUGAUCACGCUAGCGGGAAGCCACGGCUGUAUCAAGGAUCAUUCCGGAACGUCGGCCUCUUCCUCCAUGGCCGCGGGAGUCAUCGCUCUCGCGCUGGAAGCCAACCCCAUGCUAACGUGGAGGGAUGUGCAGCACAUUAUCGUCAAGACGGCCCAGUCGGCGCAUCUCCCCGCGCCCGACUGGCACGUCAACGGGGCCGGAUACAAGGUGAGCCAUCUGUACGGCUUUGGUCUGCUGGAUGCCGAGAGCAUGGUGAAGGAGGCGGAGGGCUGGAGGGUGGCCCCCCAACACCACGUGUGUGAGGAGGAGGCCCCCGUGCAACUGAACGGGCCGAUGGGCCCUGGCUCUGCGCUGAGGUCCGUGGUGAGCACGCUGGGCUGCUCCGCCAGCCCCCUGACGCACGUGGCCUACGUGGAACACGUGGUGGUCCGCGUCACCGUCACCGGCGGUCGCCGUGGCGACCUCUCCAUUUCGCUGACAUCACCCUCGGGCACGGUGUCCCGGUUGCUGUCCUACAGGCCUCUGGACGGCUCCAUGGAGGGCUUCUCGCGCUGGGAGUUCAUGACGACCCACUGCUGGGGGGAGGAGUCGGCCGGGGAGUGGCUGCUGGAGCUCCAGCACGCGCCCGCUGCCCAGAGACCCGACGCGGGGAAACUAGCCGGGACGGUGAGAGAGUGGACCCUGGUACUUCAUGGCACCUCGGAGCCACCGUACUCCACCCGGCGGGAGAAGGCGCGGUCAGCUGACAUGGCGACGGGUGGCGGCGGCGCUGAUGACCUCACCGAUGAAUACAGCGGGCCGUGUGACCCCGAGUGCAGCGACGACGGCUGCGAGGGUCCGGGCCCCCAGCAGUGCGUCAUGUGUUUGCACUUUUUCCUCAAGUUCAAGAACAACACAAGGUCUUGCGUCUCGGCGUGUCCGGCCGGCUCUUGGGGCGACCGGCGUCGCUGCAAGCGGUGCUUCCCGACCUGCGGGAGUUGCAGCGGCAGCCGCGGCGACCAGUGUGUCACGUGCCAGCCGGGCCGCCACCUCAGCCACGAGACCCCCGGUCUGUGCGUCACCAGCUGUGAGGCGGGCGGUUACCUGGAUCACGAUGCAAAUACGUGCAAGAAGUGCAGCGAAAACUGCUUGAAGUGCACCUCUUCCAGCAUCUGCACAGAAUGCAAACCAGGCACAAGUCUGCAGGGAAACCGGUGCCAGACGAGCUGCGGGCUGGGCUUCUACCUGGACACCGAGGACAACACCUGCAAGCCCUGCGACCGGGCCUGCGCCACCUGUGCAGGUGGGGGGGCGGAGGCGUGUGACCAGUGUGCGGCGGGCUACCUGAUGGAGGAGUGGAGGUGUGUGUCGUCCUGCAGCCCCGGCUUCUACCUGGUGGGGGCCGGGGGGCCCGAGGAGACCGCCUCCAGUCAGGGGACGUGUAGGAGGUGCGACCCCAGCUGCGGGACGUGUUCGGGGCCGGUUGGGGACCUCUGCACCAGCUGCUCUGGGGGCCACAGCCUUCACGAGGGCGCCUGUGUGCUGAGCACCGUGUGUGGGGACGGCCUGUACCAGCAAGAGCAGGGGCCCUGCCAGCCCUGCGACCAGACCUGCGUGAAGUGCACGGGCCCCGGGAGCCACCAGUGCAUCAGCUGUGCUUCUUCACGGUCAGAUCGGCUUGUCUUUGGAACAAGGAGGAACCAGACACUCACCAGACAGCCUCAGUCAGGGGCAUGGGAAGUGGAGGAUCCAGAUUAUGAUGACUGCAUGGCGUGCGAGGAGGGCUGUAAAAAGUGUGUCCUGUAUAACCCCAGGCACUGUCUGUCCUGCACCCAGGGCUUCUACAACUUUCAGGAUGGCUGCUACAAAUACUGCCCGGCUAAGACGUACAGCGUGGAGGCCGAUAUGACCUGCGUGCCCUGCGACCCGAGUUGUGUGAGCUGCGAUGCGCACCAGUGCUACUGGUGUGAGACGGACCUGUUCUUAUCGGAGGGAGUGUGUGUUGCGGCGUGCCUGGACGGCGCCUAUGCGGACGACGACACCCACGUGUGUGAGGAGUGUCACCCGGGCUGCCUGACCUGCGCCGGGCCCGAGGAAGAAGACUGCCUCUCGUGUGCGGCGGGGAAGCGGCUGGCGGGAGGAAGGUGCGCCGCCGACCAGGUGGUCUGUCCUGGUAGGACCUUUCAAAGCGAUGAUGGAGUUUGUAAGGAAUGCCAUCCUGUCUGUGAGACCUGUUCUGGGAGGGAGAGAAACCAGUGUACAACAUGUGGCAAAGGCCGCUACCUGACCCAGCAGCGGACGUGUGUGUCCCGGUGUCCCCCGGCCAGCUUUGAGGACGUGGCGCGGGGUGUGUGCCAGGCGUGCGCCCCCGGCUGCGUGCAGUGUGAGGAAGCCCAGCGCUGCCUCCACUGCCAGCCCCCCCUCCAGGCAGCAGCAACCUGGCUGCUGCAGGACGGGACCUGCGUCCACCAGUGUGACAGGGGGUACGCCGUGGGCCAGGUGUGUCACAGCUGCGCCGAGGGCUGUGCGUCCUGCGGGCAGAACAGCACCCGCUGUCUGAGCUGCCAGCCCCCCCUCCUGCUGCUCCAGACACGCUGCGUGUCCACCUGCCCCCCCGACCACCUCGCCCAGGGGGGGGGCUGCCUACGCUGCCCCCCCGCCUGCCAGCGAUGCACCCCGCCCGGACAGUGCACCGAAUGUGAGGAGUACCACUUCCUCCACGAAGGCCACUGUGUGCUCGACUGUCCCGAGCGUUUCUACGACGACGCGGAUCAGAGGGUCUGCGGGGGCUGCCACCCCACCUGCCUGCUGUGUGACGGACCCGGCAGCAACGACUGUGACACCUGCUCCGACCCCGACGCCUCCCUCCACAACGGGGCGUGUCGACCCAGAUGCCCCGCCCACUUCUACCGGGACGCCCUCACUGGAGAGUGCAAAGAGUGCGACCCCUCCUGCCUGACCUGCCUGGGCCCUCGCCCCGACUCCUGUGUCAGCUGCCAGUCGCACCAGAGGCCCGACGACAGGGGCCGCUGCCUGCCGCCGGCCCCCCACUGCCCGCCCCACCGCUACCUGGACCAGGACGGGGAGUGUAUCCUCUGUCACCCGUACUGCCACCAGUGCUCCGGCCCCGGGACCACCCACUGCUCUGCCUGCCACCCCAAGCACAUGCUCCUCAAUGGCUCCUGCGUGGACUCGUGCCCUACCGGCUACUACCAGGACGACAGAGAGCACCGAUGUGAUCCGUGCCACCCCUUCUGUUUGUCCUGCACGGGCAAACACAGCCAUGAGUGUGUCCGCUGCAAAGCCCACCUCUUAAGGCAGGGCCAGGACUGCGUAGAGAGCUGCGCGGCCAGUCACUAUAGCGACGCAACGUCCCAGGCGUGCCACAGGUGUGACGCGGCCUGCGGGGAGUGUCAGGGCGGAGGGGACGGGGAGUGCCUGAGCUGCGCCCCCGGUCUCCUCUACCUGCGGAGCCAGCGCCGCUGCCUGCACACCUGCCCGCCGGACCACCACCGAGACCCCACCCACCACCUCUGCGAGCCCUGCCACGGCAGCUGCAAGACCUGCAUAGGUAAAGAGGCCCGCAGCUGUGAGUCCUGUCACGACGGCUACAGCUUUACGAACGGCGCCUGUCAAUCCAUGUGCGCGUUUGGACAGUAUCCAACACUACAGGACUCCGGUAACGGCUGUGAGGACUGCCACGGCUCCUGUCUGGAGUGCCGGGGCCCUGGCGAGGGGAACUGCACCGAGUGUCCUGUGCUGGCCAUCUUGGCAGCCGGAGGGCGCUGUUUGCCCUGCUGCCGUCUCCAGGAGCCCGAAGAAGAAGGAGAGGACGGGGCCUCGCACAGGAGCGCCGUGUCCCCUGGGGGUCCGUCACAGCAUCAGCCGCAGGACUGUUGUAACUGCACCGAGACUCAAGGGGAGUGCAUUCUCGGCACCAACUUUGCCUUCAGGAACGAGGAGGAAGAGGACGAAUCCGGCGGCAACCUGGCCCUCUUCGUCACCAGCGGCCUCCUGCUGCUCCUGGGCCUGGGAGGCAUCGUCAUCUUCAUCAGACACUCGCGCUCCAAGACCACCUCGCAGCCCGACAUCAUCAUACCGCGCGGCUACGAGAAGCUAGGCGGCGGCGGCGCCUUCUCGAAUUCCGGGGGCGGGGGUUCGUCCUCCCGCCAGUCCCAGCUGGUCGACCUCAGUGGGAGGGGCAAAGGCGCCGACGAGGACGAGGACGAGGACGACGAGGACGAGGACGAAGACGAGGACAUCGUGUACAUGGGCCAGGACGGCACGGUGUACAGGAAGUUCCGCUACGGGCGGCCCGGCGAGGACAAUGAGGACGAGCUGGAGUACGACGACGAGAGCUACGCCUUCCGGUGAAGCGGAGAAGCCCUGACGCGGUGGGGUGGGAGUUUUGUCCUUUUGACGUGUCUUUGCUUCCACUGCCGCACUUUGUCUCUCGCCCCCUCUCCCUCUCUCUCUCUCUCUCUCUCUGAGCUGAUCGCCGAGAGCCGCAUUCUCCGCUGUGACUGCGGAGCCGAGCGAGACGAAGACGGUAGAUGAAAAGCGGUUUAUAACGAGCUGGUGUGUAUUGUGUCGGUUUUUUUCCAUUCACAAAAAUAUGCUAAAUUUGUGACAGGAAUAUUCUUGGGUGCCUUGCAGUCUGGGGAAAUGUGAAUAUUCCCUCCGAUAUGAAAGAUAGUCUUCAUGGGCGUUCACACUCCUGCUUUGUGAAUUUUUCCUCUUUCAUGUUAUUUAUCUUUUAGACGCGUGUGGUUGUUGAAGUGGCACUUUAAAGUUGCUAUCAUUUUUUUCUGUUACGCACUCUCCCUUGUUUGCUGAGGUGGCUUUUAAUUAGAAAAUGCACUGGUGUUCAAUUCAAAUAAACUCUCCUACUUUUAA